GCGACUCAGGCCAGAGGAAGGGGCGAUGAAGAGGUGGUUCUACGGCAGUGGUACGGAAGUGCUGCCAAACUUUUGCGGCGGCGACACGGGUUUUACGGUGGUGGUACGGAAGGGCUGCCGAAAUUCUGCGGCGACGACGCGGGUUUUGCGGUGGUGGUACGGAACUGCUGCCGAAAUUUUGCAGCGGCGACUCGGGUUUUACGGGGGUGGUAAGGAAGUGCUGUCUAAUUUCUGUGGCGGCGACGCAGGUUUUUACGGCGGUGGUACGGAAGUGCUGCCGAAUUCCAAGGACGUCGACACGGUUUUUACGGCGGUGGUGAAAGCACUGUCGGAUUUCUGUGGCGGUGGCACUAAGUUUGAUGGUGGUGGUGAGGAAGCGCUGUCGGAUUUCAGUGGCGGCGGCACUAAGUUUGACGGUGGUGGUGCGGAAGGGCUGUUGGAUUUCUGCGGCGGCGGCACUAAGUUUGACGGUGGUGGUGCGGAAGCGCUGUCGGAUUUCUGCGGCGGCGGCACUAAGUUUGACGGUGGUGAUGCGGAAGCGCUAUUGAAUUUCUGCGGCGGCGGCACUAAAAUUGACGGCGGUGGUGCGGAAGCCCUACCGAAUUUCUGCGACGUCGACGCGGGUUUUACGACAGUGGUGCGGAAGCGCUGUUGGAUUUCUGCGGCGGCGGCACUAAGUUUAACGGUGGUGGUGCGGAAGCGCUGUCGGAUUUCUGUGGCGGCGGCACUAAGUUUGACGUUGGUGGUGCAGAAGCGCUAUCGGAUUUCUGUUGCAGCGGCACUAAGUUUGACGGUGGUGGUGCGAAAGCGCUCUCGGAUUUCUGCGGCAGCGACACUAAGUUUCACGGUGGUGGUGCGGAAGCGCUGUCGAAUUUUUGCGGCGGCGGCACUAAGUUUGACGGUGGUGGGGAUUGAUAGGGCCGCUACACUGGAAUCGGAUGGAAUGUGGUUUCUACGGCGGUGGUACGAAAACGCUGCCGAAUUUCUGCGACGUCGACGCGGGUUUUACGGCGGUGGUGCGGAAGCGCAAUCGAAUUUCUGCGGCGGCGACACUAAGUUUGACGGUGGUGGUGCGGAAGCGCUGUCGGAUUUCUGCGGCGGCGACACUAAGUUUGACGGUGGUGGUGCGGAAGCGCUGUCGGAUUUCUGCGGCGGCGGCACUAAGUUUGACGUUGGUGGUGCGGAAGCGCUGUCGGAUUUCUGCUGCGGCGGCACUAAGUUUGGCGGUGGUGGUGUGGAAGCGCUGUCGGAUUUCUGCGGCGGCGACACUAAGUUUGACGGUGGUGGUGCGAAAGCACUGUCGAAUUUUUGUGGCGCCGACACGAAGUUUGACGGUGGUAGUGCGGAAGCGCUGUCGAAUUUCUGCGGCGGUGACACUAAGUUUGACAGCGGUGGUGUGGAAGGGCUGUCGAAUUUUUGCGGCGGCGGCACUAAGUUUGACGGCGGUGAUGUGGGAGCGCUGCCGAAUUUCUACGGCGGCGACACUAAGUUUGACGGUGGUGGUGCGGAAGCGCUGUCGAAUUUCUGCGGCGGCGGCACUAAGUUUGACGGCGGUGGAGCGGGAGCGCUGCCGAAUUUUUGCGGCAGGGGCACUGAGUUUGACGGCAGUAGUGCUGAAGUGCUGCCGAAAUUUUUCACAACAACAAUACAAGAUUUACAGCGGUGGGGAAUGCGACGCGCGAUUAUCAUGCUGAAUGGGUUAGAGAUAGCGACAUCGGAAGCUGAGCCGGUGAUCGAUAUCGUCUGGAACCAACUCCGGAGCCGCGGGCCGCAGGUCAACAUCAUUUUGGAAAGCGACGGAAGCGACAGGGUGAACACGACUAUUCGACUAGGGACGGCUGGGAGAAAGAUUAUCCGUGACACUGUGAUGAAGGAGGUUGCUAGAGGCUCCGCGCCCCAGGCAGACCCCGAGGCCGGGGAACCAGAGAAAGUUUAUGGGAAGCCUAGGAAAAAGGAGCCUACCGACAAGGUCACUGCUGCUAAGAAGAAGUUUAGGUAUCAAAUCCCGAUCUUAACCAUGCCUGAGAUCGAUGACACCCUUAGCAAAUUACUAGGAGCCACGGUGUCGGUAUCGUUUCAGACCAUGUUGCAGGCCAGCCCUAGGCUGCUCAAAGGGCUUAGACAACUGUGGAUUCGAUGGCGGGUAGAGAUAGACGAGAACCCCGAAUCACCGGAAGAGGAAAGGGAAAAGGAAGCUCCGCAAGAAGUUACUAACCUUCAAAGGAGUCACGAGGAUUUUGAAGAACUCGAUAAGGCCUUUGCGGACAUCCGCCUGAGCUUGCCAAACCGAGAAGGCGGCGAGGUCAAGAGGGCACCUCCCGGAACAAAGCUUAGCUUCCAUGCACUGCCCGUGGGAAAGUUGAAAAUCCAGAUUGGGACUCAUCAUACUGACGCAUUAGUAGACGGAGGAGCGGAAAUCACUCUCAUAAGAAGAGACUUCGCAACAAUCACGGGCUGUACGGUAAAUAAGGAAGUAACAGGGAGUAUCCGGGGAGCUGGUGGGGAAAUUCCGUUCGCUGGGUAUGUCACGAAAUGUGUGGUCAAAGCAGGAGUCCGGGAGUCGAUCUGGUCGUUUCAGCGGAUGACCGUAAUGGAGAAGAUGGACUACGACAUAAUCCUCGGGAGGCCAUGGUGCGCCAACGUAGAAAUGAUAGGCAUGCACUUGCACGAUGGCACAUACAUGGUAGAUAUAGAGGACCCCGUGACCGGCCGGAGGGAGCUUCUCCGACUCCUCGGGACGGGAGGAAACCCUCCGAAGGGGAAGUUAGCAACAUGGUCGCCGACAUUCGAAGACGGCGCACAUAAGGGAGCUUUUGCGCGAAUGGAAGGUAUGAGAGAAAGGGUAGAGAUUAUGAUAGAGGAGGCAUUCAAUAAGAAAGAAUGGAUCAAGAUGGGUCUGCCCCAGAAGAAGAGAAGGCAAGAGGACAAAGUCUUAGGUGUUGUGGUGGCAGAAAGGGAAUCAGAAGUCGAACUCGGAGCCAGCCUUUCUAGACGGAAAGAGGUGCGGAAAGAGGUACCGGAAAUCGCGCUCGAAAUCCCCGACGUAUUGCAACUCAUCAAAGCCAUCAGGUAUCACAAAGUAGGGGUGGAUCCGACGACACUAGCCAAGUUUGAAGGAGAAGUGCAGAAGGGGUAUUGUCUGAAUGGGAAAAUAGUCAGACUAGGAAGAAAGCAUGAGAAAAGUAAAAAUGGAAUUGGCAACGGGAAUGAUAGUAGGGCGAUCAACAGGCCUACCAAAGGGGGAGGAGCGGGACCAAGUCGAGAGAGGAGGACUGCAAAGAGAACAUUGUACAUAGGGUACAUGUCCAAACAUGUAGUAGGCAGGGGAACGAGAAAACAAGUGUGUAGAGGGCCCUCGCCUCUCGGAAAGGGGGAAGGGAUAUAUAUCUCAUCAGGGAGUGAGAGCGAGGAAGAGAAAGCGGAUAUGGCGGAAAGGGCUCAGGCCUCUGACGAGGGAGGGGCAGCGAGAGGCGAGCAGCAUGAGUCUUGGCAUGGGGAAAGCGAGGGGAUACAUGACAUGUGCGGCGGACACGAAGAUAAGGAAGGAAGAACGGAAAACCCGCGUGAAGAGCGGAACGGCCAUGACAGUUGUGAAGGGAGAUACUCGGACUUUGAAGAGGGAUAUGAGAGGAGGGCAGAGAUCCCCUAUAACUUGGAUCCAAAGAACUUCACGGGUGAGUUCAGCCCCAUACUGACGGAAGAGGAGGUGAUGAGGAGGAGGAAGUACAAGAGGUCAUAGAGAUCAAGAGUGGCGAUGAGAGGGAUGAAAUCUCAAGGCCUAGAGAAGAGAGGCGACACCCGAUGCGUCAGCCGCGU